AACAUUCCCAAAGAAGAAAUUAGCAUUUAUUUAGUCUGAUACUCAAAAUCGGGGGUUCUCCAAACAGAAUGUAGCAUUGAAGCAUCACAUCAUGUGGAUUUAUCAUGCUGAAUUCAACUGGUCCACUAAAGAUGUACAGUACUGUGUCCCGGCAACAGGAGCGUUCACUAAUAAAGCAUUCACUAAGUUAAGUGAUUUUUCUUGUGUUAAUCGUAAUGGUCACUUGUUGAUUGAAGAACCUAGGGCAUUUGUUCUAGGGUCCCGUUGUUCUCUGUGUUUAGAUAAGCGCCUCCAUGUGUGUCCUUCAACACAGCCAUCUACUGCUUGCAAUAUUUGUACAGUCCUAGCUACUUCUGGGCUUGGCUGCACUCUGGAAAGAUCACCUCCUCAGUGUCCCUGAUUCCUUUCUGCUGUGUCAUUGGAGGACUCCUCACAUCUAGCUGCACCAUUUUUAGAGUUAUUACAGUUUAUAUGAAGGCUAAGAUGCUGCCAAUCAGCCGCUACUUUUAUUUCAUUAUGAAGUUCUCUAGUCAUUUUCACCCGGUGGUUUUUAUUUUCGCGGUACCGGGGAUUGAACUCACGACCUCACACUUGCCAGGCAGGCACUUACGUCGCUGAGCUAAAUCCCCAGCCCUGUUUUUUAUUUUCUAUUAGGUGUUGUCUUGAUCUAUUAUUUUAAUAAGUACUGCACAAUGCUUAUUUAAACACACACUUAUGAUGGUUUUCUCCUACUACAUGACUAAGUUUUCUAUAAAGAAAAAUUUGGAUGACUUUGCAAUGCAAUCUGUACAAGAAUAACAGGGCAAAAUGCUUUAGUCUCUUUCUUAACCCUUCGUUAGAACAAUGAGUUGAAGCCCUAGAAAUGUAGAGAAAAAGAGACCAAAGCUAGUUAAUGUGAUAUGAUUUUUGCUGUUUCUUAGCUCUGUCAACAAAUGGUAAUGUCAAGUAGUAGUUUCCUAAGGCUGGAAAAAGGACGCUUGUUUAUCCUCCUGUGUGGUGGAAGCCUUCCUUCUGCCCCAGUGAUGCUGUGUGCUCACCUCCAUCCAUUCUCCCGCAUGGAAAUGUGCAGGGGCUAUUUUCUAGACACUCAGGGCAGUUUGACUUAUCUCAGUUGGUUUCUGUUGUUUCAUGGUUCAGUAUUGAUCGUGUGACCCUUUAACAAUUCUCCUAGUUGCUGAGUAAGAUUAUGUAACUUCCUGUUGGCUUUAAGAAGUGUGCAUACAUGCUGCCAGGAGGCCAGUGCUCCUUCAUAAACUACAGCAGCUCAUUGUUACACUCUUCAUUUUGUAAAAUUUCAAGAUCCUCCACAAAGAAGUUAAGGCAAUUGGAUCGAUGAACCUCUGCACAGAAACACAAACUGUCCCCACUCAUCCCCCUUAGUAAAGGCACUACCUGAAGACGUUCUAGGGGAGGGAAGAGCUGCAGAACUGGGUAAGAAGCAGUCUCCAGAGAAAAAAGCCCUCUGGCAAUUGACCUGACCAGAAGGGAGUUGGCCAAUGAUCUGGGUGAGGUUGGUAAAAAGGCCAUAUAAGCAGAAAACUCCUAAUCAACUCACAGAGUUGGAGGAAGAGUUGGAGCAAGCUGCACCUCACAUCUCAAGGUGAAAGCAUAAGGGAGCACAGGACCUCAGAAAAAGAAGACAACUGAUAGCAUUAAAGAAGAAGGAAAUGAUGCCUUGUGCCAGGCCUACGCAUAUGUGACAUUAUACAAAUUAUUUAUUUUUAAUAGAACAGCUUCCAAAAGUUUUUCACAGAUGGAUCAUUUUGCUUUCCUUUUGGCUAUUCUUCAAGUAUACAAAGCUCUAUGUGAAGAGACUCUUUGGGACACAAUGGUCAGCCUUGCUGAGAAUAUGACUCUAGAAUGUGUGUAUCCCUUCAUGGACAACUUAACACAGGCAGAGUGGAUCAAGAUUGUGGGCAAGCAGGAACAGUCCAUGGCCGUAUUCCACCCCACACUUGGUGUGGUCAUACAGAAACCCUAUGAAAAUAAGGUUCACUUCUUAAACUCAGCGAUGGCUCUCCAUGACAUGACCCUUUCCUUUAAUAAUGCCUCCGAAGCCGACGUGGGCACCUAUUACUGCUUGUUCCUUACUUUUCCACAAGGAUCCUGGCAAAAGACAAUACAGGUGGUUCAGUCAGAUAGUUUUGAGACACAAUUACGGGAUUAUAGCAACGUGGUCUCAAGCCCUGGACAUGUCACACUCACCUAUGUGUUUCAGAUGAACGGGACAGUCCAACAAGUCACUUGGGAAAGGAUCCAGCCACACCAGAUAGACCUCUUGAUGCGCUGCAAUCUGUCCAGAGGCACAAGUUGGUCCAGGUACAGAAAACAAAUAGUGACCAACUGCACGCAGGGCCUCAGAAGCACCUUCAUCAUCAUUCCCAAUGCGACUGCCUCUGAUUCCGGGUUUUACCGCUGCAACGUUACGUUUAGCACUGGGCAAAAUGAAACUUUCCUGAGGAGACUGACCAUCACUGAUGAGAAAGCCAGUAACCAGGACGCCAUUGCCGUGGCUGGAGGGACAGUUUCGUUCUUGUUUGUUAUCCUAAUUGUCACCAUCACUGUCAUUUUUUAUAUGAGAAGGAGAAGGAGGCAGAAAAAUGUUCCAGUUAAAAAUUCCUCAGAUACACAGAAUAAGGGAGCCAACAACUACAGGAGUCCCAUCUCAACCCACCAACCUGUAUAUGAUGCCAAUGAGGACAUUUAUGUCAACUAUCCAACCUUCGCUCGAAGACCCAAACCUAGAUAUUGAACUUUCCCCUUGACCUAAGCAAAUUAAUAUUCUGUACAUAGACCUUACAAACUUUCUUCCAUCUGGUCAGGACCACUUUGAUAUCAGUUGAUUGCAUUUAUUUUAUUUGAUAGGAAAACAUUGCAUUAUGUAGAGCACAUUUAUAAUAGAGAAAAUCUGAAUUUAGCUUAUUUGUAAAUGAAAAUUUAAGUGACUUAUAUAACAGAAAAACUAGGAAGAUCAAGUUUCAGGCAAGGUGUUACUUACUGGAAUUUCAGUAUCAUGUCUAGAAUUAAGUGCAGAUAAAAAUUGGUUUUUGGGUCCCUUCUCAUAGGGAUGGGUCCACUUCCCUGGUGUAUGUAGUCUAACUAACUCUGAGGGAGGUUUUCUUGUGCUUCCCAGAUGGCUACCAAUGACUUGGUAACUUGUAUGUCUUUGUUUUAUGUUUGUGGAGAGUUUGCUUAUGUUUAGUCAAUGGAUUUGGUUAUUCACCUAUCACUAAGUAGAGAUAGUGGCCACAAUACGUGAGAUGGCUUACAAUGAUGGGGAAGGACCAAAGAACUUUACUGGGUAGUUCAUGUAUGUUAAAUAAAUGAAAGAGAUCUGGAAACUGAUGAUUACCAACAAAUAUUAACCACAAUGAUUAGUAUGAUUAUCUCUUGCUAAUCAACUGAAGAUUGAGUAUGCAGUGGAACAAGAUUAAUUACCCUCUCUUUCUCUUUUAGAAUCUAUUCUAUCAGCAUAGUCAGAUUCUAGAAGAAUAACUAAAUAACCUGGCUGUAGAAUAAAUAAAUAGUCAAUGGGAAGAUAAAAGUGGCAGGCUUAUCUCUUUUCUAAUUUCCAAUACAUUUAUCACUUAUUCUAUAUAGAAUUUUUGCCACCAUUACAGACCUACCAAGUAGGUGGUCUUAUCAUAAAUAGCUUAAUGUUUUGAUAUUGCUUUUUAAUUUUUCUCUACUUUAAAACAUUUUUUAAUAUAUACAUAAUGUAAUAUAUACAUUUUCUCAUAACAGAAACCUAGGCAUUAAGCUUUAAAAAUAAUUAUAUGAAACUUGAAUACAUGAAAACAGAAUGAUAGUUGGAAGUGGCAGGUUAGGAUUCUAGGGUGGAAAUGUGCAGAGAGGAAAAUAUGGAGAAGCAUAAGCAAGGAUGAGAAGGAAUCAAAGAAUAAAAGAUACAAAGGGAAACUUCUUCACAGUUUGGACAAGGUAGCACUCCUGACAUGGGGACAGUCUAAAUAAUUAGAAGUCAUACUUGAUAUUGUAUGAAUUCUAAAUAUAUGCAAACUAUGAAAACAUUUGUGCAAUGAAAUAAAACUGUCAUGGUCACCUUGAAACCACAAUGGUCACUAUCAAAUAGAAUAAUCAUUCAUAUCUCAAAGAUUCAUUACUUAAAUGAAAGAUGUCUAAAAGGUAUCAUCUUUAAAAAACUUACUUAAAAAAGUCUUCAUUUAAGUAUCAAUUGUACACUCCACAAUAAUAUUAAGUAAAACAAAUUCAAUUUCACAUGUUGUCUAGAUGAACCCUGUAUUAGAUUUACAGGUUUAAGGUGCUUGGUACUUAUUUUGAUUUUACUUUUAAAUACUAUGUACACCAACUUGUACAACUACAGAAAUGUAAAAGGAAAAAUAAUAUAAAAGGAUCAGUUUUAGCUGUAACUUGUAUAAUAUGCAAGAAGGGUUAACUGUAGUUUUAUUACAUUUGUUUAAAGAACUUUAUGUAUAGAUUCAUGAAGUGUUUCCACCGUCACGUUUGAGUAACAACAGUAAAGGGUUAUUAAAAACACUCUUGUCAUGUCAAACAAAGAUUCUAUGACAGAAUUAAUCAGUUUGCCUUGCAAAGCAAAUGAAGGUGUCAUGUAUAAAGUAUAUUAUUUCUUUUUCUUAAAGAGUUAUAGACAAUCACAAUAUUGCUUUCUGGAAGAUUCUCAUAGUCCAUUUCUCAGUGAUUAAUGUAAAUGAAAAAGGAAACAUUUCUACAGUUUCAGUAUGGAGGAAUAAAAAUCCUAUUUUAGUAGAAAAUAGUUACCAGACGUGAAACUUCUAUGAUAAACCACUGAAGGGUUCAAGGCCUCCAGAAUGUUAAGAAUUUAUCUGCAUUUCAUAGGCAUUUUGUUUCUUUUUUUCUGUUUUAAAAAUCUCACAAAAACUGUUGAUGAGAACUAUUUACUCUGUCCAUUCUUUCCUGCAUGUUCUUUCUCUGCAGACUUUAGAGUUUUUCUAGGAAUUUGGAACCAUCCUCAGCCUUGCUUUGGAUUCUCUGACUUCACUGUUCCUGUCACAGUCAGCUGCUGUGCUGGUGUGAUUUCCUUCAUUCCACUUCUUACUUUGGACCUCCUUAUUUAGCCAAGCUCUUUUAUUGUAAUCUCUUUAAUGUUAAGCAGAACUGAUCAGAGUUUUGUGAUUUUACUUACUAUAUCUUUUAUUCUUGCUAAUUCUUUUGGGCCAUCUGUUUUGUUUAUUAUUAGGAUAACUGAUCAAAACAGAUUGGCAGAACACAAGUUCAAAAUCAGAAUACAAACACAUUAUGUUUUAAGGUUUUUUGUAAGGUGCUACUUCAGAAGCUGAAUACUUUCUUUCUUUUUUUUAAAAAAAUAUAUGUAAUUUAUAUUGAUAUGUAACAAUGUUAAAUAAAAAUGUUUUUUGCAAUCUUAUCUGACUAUUUACAUUAAAUAAACCAAGAAAGAGAAUCACUGUGGGAUAAGGUAGGUUUGUUAAAUGUCAUAGAGAACACAGUUUUAGCAGAGAAAGAACAAAUUAAUUUGCAAUGACUAUUUUUUUUUGGAGGGGGUACCAGGGAUCAAACUCAUGACCUUGUGCUUGUCAGCCAGGUGGCUAUGCCACUGAGCUAAAUCCCUGGCCUGCAAUCACUGCUUAUUUGCUACAUUAUUAUUAUUAGAGAAACUUUCAAACUUUAUUUAAAGACCUUUAUGUGUUCUGAGGAAAUAGAAUAAAAUUUUCUUUUUUUCAACCCAGAGCCUUGUUCAUUCCAGGCAAACAUUCUACCAUUGAGCUACAUCCCAACCCAAAAUACAAUUUCAUUAACUUUUAGUUCUAUAUACACAGGAGGUAGAUGAAGGUAUAAUUUUUAGUAAGUAAAAAUUCAAAUUUAUAGGUUUUAAUGAAAUCAGUUUUUAGGAAAAUAUUACCCAGGUUAAUUAAUUAUGUUCAGUAUCAAUUUAAAAGCUAAAAUAAAAUACAAAAAUUUCAAUGUUUACUUUUAUUUAAACAAUCAAGUUAUUUUGGUUUAUAUACCAGUUGUUAACUAACAUUAUAGCAAUAUUAUAGUAAUUUUCUAAGUUGUGAGAGUCAAUACUGCAAUUAGCACUAUAAUCAAAUGAUUUUCCUGGAUUUAUGUGCUGUGCUAUAUUUAUACAACAUGCAUAAAAUUACAGUAAAAUUGGAGAUAUUAAAGAAUAGAGACACUUGGAAAUUAUAGGUGAGGUGCUAAAUUAUGAGUAAAAAGAUAACCUGUCCGUAAUGGUGACAUGAAAUUAUCUUUGAAAAGUGUUUAAAAAUAAGAACAUUAUUGUUCUGUUAUCCUCACUGAUUUUACUAUUUAAGUAUAGUAUCUAGAAAAUAUUAACUUUCACAUUGAUAUUUUUGUAUCAGGUAAUACUUCUUUUGGAAUAUUUAUUGAAAUUAUUCUAGCCAAGUCUCUGGAAUCUUGUAAAUAUAUCAAAAUGAAAAACAGCAUUGCUGCUUUUUGAAAUUUUCAGGCAAAAAAUGUAGUUAAGUAGCAGAAUGCUUGAUCUAGUAUAUGAGGCCCUGGGUUCCAUCUAUAACCCUAUACAUAAAUUAAUUAAUUAAUUAGAAUCCUCUUUAUUGUUAGUGACCUAAUAGCCUUAUGAAAUUAAUUGUAAUGCUUUCUACGGAAGUUGUAUAUGUCAUCUAGGUUGGUUUACAUACUAAAAUUUCCUAGAGUCAAAGCACUGUGUUUCAAGAUGCGGUCUUUGGGCUAUGGGUGAUCGUUGUCUGAGAUAUUCUUGGUUUAUUGGAUUUUGUCCUUUUUUGAAUAAAUGGUUGCCUUAUUUAGAGAA